UACCUCGCCCUCAGCUACGUGUGGGGCGAGCCCCAGCCCUACAGUACCACCAAAUCCAACGUAUCCGCGUACGAGCGUGGAAUAGACUUUUCCAUUCUCCCCGCCACCAUCCGAGACGCUAUAUACAUCACGCAUGCGUUGGGAUUCCAGUACCUCUGGGCGGACACCCUGUGCAUCGUUCAAGACGACGACGACGACCGACGGCGCGAGCUUGCGAGCAUGCACCGCAUAUACCGUUAUGCACAUGUCACGAUCAUCGCCGCCAGCGCAGAGAAGGUCAGCGACGGCUUCCUCCAGGAUCGAUCUCUUACCCCGCAACUCGACUUGAACGAUUUCCACCCUGGCCCUCGCGGAAUGGGCGACAUCACACUUCCGUUCCUCUGUCCGCCGGAUUCUGCCACCUGGACUGUUUCGGAUCGACCAGAAGACCGUACUCACUACCUGUACGAUGACCAGCUAGGACUCCUCGGUACGCGGGGCUGGUGCAUGCAAGAGUUCCUCCUGUCCCCGCGCUCCCUCAUCUUCACCGCCAGAACGAUUCAGUUCAGGUGUCAGACGUCCACACAAAGCAUCGGCGGCGCGUUCUGCAACGACGAAUACCGAUGGCUGCUGUUACCCCCCGCGCUCUUCCUCCCAGACCCGCCCUCUUUACCGCACGACUCCGCCAAGUGGCGGGAAGCCCACGAGACGUGGCGAUGGAUCGUGCACGACUACACCUCUCGCAAGAUCAGCUUCCCGUCAGACAAGCUCGUCGCGUGCGCUGCGAUCGCGGAGCAGUUUCACCAGGUCCUGCAGUCCGACUACGUCGCCGGAAUGUGGCGCGCGGCGCUCUUCCCUGGUCUGCGGUGGUACACACUCUCUGGCGAGGAAGUGUAUCGACCCACGGCAUACCGUGCUCCGUCGUGGUCUUGGGCGUCGAUUGACGGACAGGUUCACCCCCCGAACGUCGGAUACAGGUGGGACAUGCAUGUUGGCGCGGAUCGGGAAGCGGACGCGCUCGCGGAGAUCAUUCGGUGCGAGGUCACGCUUGAAGACGCCGCGCUUCCGUUCGGGCGGGUGACGGACGGAAUCUUGGUCCUACGC